AUGGCCGAUCUAACCAAAGAAGACUUAGAAUAUCAACAACAUGGCGGAAGACAUUUCCAACAAAGCAACUGGCCACAAAGCGAAUCUCAGCAAUCCAAUCCUCACGCAAAACCUCACAAAGAGACCAAUACUGAUUGUUUACCAAAGACACCAGCCAAGCCUCCAAAGAUAAUAAGAGAAAAAAAAAGGUGGGUGGAGAACGAGCCGGAGGGCGUCACUCGCUCAACUUACCGAGCAGCAGAGCGUGAGAGUCUGCGAUUUGGAGAGAUGAAAAGUCGAAGACGAAGAAUUGUGAAGGUUAUUGUCGCGACUUACAGCUUCGAGCAUGAUCGUCCCCCAAACUCAAUCGUAAUCCCCAAUUCGUCAUUCCUCGUGAAUACCAAUUCUAUUCUCAUUCGAACCGAUGCAUAUGCCUGCCUGCUAAACCUUUCAACGCCAAAGUGCCCUCCAAGCAAUCCCCCUGAUCCAUGUCUAAAAGCAAGCCAUUGUCCAGACAAGUCCCGUCCACGCCCAAGUACCUUCCGACGUUACCCUGAAGCCCGAAAUGAAGAGUUGAGGGAGGAGAAGAAAAUGGAUAAGAAUACAAGUUCGUUUGCGGAGUGCCAUUGUUUUGAGGUCGUAGAAUAA